CCAAGGUUGUAUUUAACGGUCACCUCUGCGCUUUUCGGGACAACGUCCUCUCUGAACCUCAGCCAGGACCGUCUCCAGCCCUGAAUCGCGAAGAUGCGUGGGACACACACCCUCCUCGCCCUGCUCGGCGCCACGAGCAGCGCCUGGGCUGUCAACUUUCCCUCUCGUCGCGAUCUGAAAGAGGCCCACUCUUCGCCCAUUGACACCGUGCCAAGGAGAUACAUCGUGGAGCUCAAGUCUCGCGCACAGUGCACCAAGUUCUUCGACAAGGUUGCUGCCACCACGGGGUUCAGGAUCGUGAAGCAGUUCGACUCGGACCUGUUCCCCGGAGUGAGCGUUGAGUGUGACCACGACUGUACCCCAGACUCCCUGAGGGCGGCCCUCGAUGACCCCAGCAGCGACACCGCCGUGGCCACCGUCUACCAGUCCACACGUGUCAGGAUCCUGGACACAGUCAACGGCGAAUCUUUCAGCGACGAUGCUGCCGCGUCUAACUACUCUGUUCACGGCAUCACUGGGGUCGAGAAGCUCCAUGGAGAAGGUAUCUUGGGUGCGGGAGCUACUGUUGCUGUCGUCGACAGCGGUGUCGAGUACACACACCCAGCUCUGGGUGGUGGGAUCGGCCCUGGCUUCAAGGUCAUCGGUGGUUAUGAUCUCGUUGGAGAUGGAAAUUGGCCAGAGUCUCCUCCCGUGCCUGACGAGGACCCCAUGGACUACUACGGCCAUGGCACCCACGUGGCUGGCAUCAUAGCCGGACAAAGCGAGAAAUUUGUUGGCGUUGCGCCUGAGGCAAAGUUGUUGUCGUUCAAGGUGUUCACUAAGGAUGGAUACUCCAACGAAGAGACCGUCAUCGAAGGAUUUCUGAAGGCUUUCGAGUCUGGUGCCGACAUCAUCAGUGCGAGCCUCGGGGAAGGCAGCGGGUUCACCACAAAUGCCUGGGCUGUGGUGGCCUCCAGGAUGGUCGAUCAGGGCGUGGUGGUCGCUAUCGCGGCUGGAAAUAACGGUGAGGUAGGGCCAUUUGACGCUGCUAAUGGUGCGUCAGGCGCACACGUGUUGACCAUCGCCUCGUCUGAACCGGGCCAAUUCCCCGCGGCACUUUUCUCAGUCAACUUCAAUCUGGAUGGACAGACCAACACCACCAAUGUCGCCUGGAUUUCAGGACCAAAUGUUUUCCCGAGCGAUAUAGUUGACUGGCCCAUCUUCCCACUCACACUAAACACUUCCAUCGAGAAUGACGCAUGCACACCAUUACCUAACAACACAGAAAAUCUGGCCGAGAGGAUCGUUCUCGUCCGGUCUGGGGGAUGUCGUCUGUUCGAGAAGCACAGAAACCUUGUCCCUUUCAACCCGCGGUACAUCUUGUUCUACAACAACGACGGUCCAUACGAGGAUCCAACCACCGGGAUAUCGCCCGGCUUCACCGGCAUGAUCGAGGCACGUGCCGGAGAAGCAAUCAUCGAGACAAUCCUGGCUGGGGGCAAUGCUACAGCUUCGUUCAAUGUGAACGACACGAGCCACUAUGUCGGACUCUUCAACGCAGGGAGCGGCAGGCCGGCCAAGUACUCGUCGUGGGGACCAACCUAUGACCUUGCUCUCAAGCCGGAUGUCUCUGCCCCUGGCACACAGAUCCUCAGCACCGAUUUGAACAAGACCUACCGGAUUCGGAGUGGUACGAGCAUGGCUACUCCAUACAUCGCCGGCAUCGCGGCUCUGUAUGUUGGCAAAUUCGGCGGCCGCAAGGCGCAUCAGGACGAUCCUGCCUGGGCUCAACGUCUGAUCUCUCGCAUCACAGCAACUGGCCGCUCUGUGCCCUGGGCUGAUUGGACCACGUCUGCCAAAGACUACGGCUUCUGGGCACCCACGGUCCAGAUUGGAUCGGGCCUGGUCGACGCGGCCGCAGUGCUUAACUACACAACGGAGCUCAGCUUUGACGGCCGCAAGUUCGAGAUGAACGACACGGCUAAUUUCGUGGGAACUCACACUGUUGACGUCUUCAACAACGGUAAGGAGGCUGUUACGUACAAGUUCACCCUACAGGGCGCUGGAGGGUUCGAAGCUUGGGAUCCAGAUCUUCCUGAGGUGAACCAAUACGGUGAUAUUGUGCUCGUGGAGUUCGACCCAACGGUUGACCUCCCAGGCGACCUUACUGUUGAGCCGGGGCAGAAGGCUACAGUAGAAGUCACUUUUACGGCGCCAACGGGACUGGAUGCCACCAAGCUACCCGUAUACAGCGGCAAAGUCCUCAUCAGCGGGAGCAAUGGCGAAGAGCUCGGGAUUCCUUACUUUGGCGUUGCGGCAGACUUGAAGAAGACAGUGACAGAGAUGUAUAACACCUUCCUGGGCUUUCCUCAUCUCCAGACUGGCCUCAAUAGCAUUGAAAUCACUACCAAGCCGAACAUGACCUUCAACCUCACCUUACCAGCGCAAGAUUUUCCCAAGUGGAAUAACUGGCUCAUUUGGGGCACGCGGGAGUUGCGCUGGGACAUCUUUGAUGCCGACUAUACCGAGGCGGAAUGGAAGUACCCGCCCGUCAUCGGAGAAAAUCACUACAUCGGAUCCGCCACAAGCUGGAACGGCACUGACACCUCGACAUACUUCGAUCCCAGCAAGCAUAGCCAAGACGAUAUCUUCCCAUUCCCUCUUUAUAACCUGCCCCGUGGAGAUUGGACGAGGUACUGGUGGCUUGGCAGAUACGCCAACGGGUCAACGGUCGUUCCCGGCGAUUAUCGCUUCCGCCUUGCGGCUCUCAAGCCCUUUGGCGACCCGGCCAAGUCGGAAGAGUGGGAAGUCAUCGAGGUCCCGAAGAUCACAGUACUUCCCGGAGGUACAAUUGGAAGCGCAAACGGGACAUUCUUCUAGCCGGCGUGCUGGCGUCUCUGUAGAUAUUCUAUUCUUCAAGUCCCAUUAGUGAGAUUUUAGAUUUCUCCCACGCAUCUUCAAAUAAAGAGCCACUGAAACUCG